AAUCUCAAAACCUAAUUGUGUUCAUCAGUGCGAUUUAAUUGAGAUACCUUAUGAUGAAGAUGAGUAUAUAAAUUUAUUGAAUGAAAAUAGUGAAAUAUUUUAUUAUGUAUUAUUAGUUAUAGAUUGUGCAAGUAGAUAUAAAGAUUUUGUUUUUUUAACAUCAAAAAGUAGUGACGAAGUUGCAGAAGCAUUUAAGAGUAUAUAUGAUAAUCCCGAUAAUCCCCUCAACUGGCCUCGAAAACUACAAUGUGAUAAGGGCACUGAGUUUAUGGGAUACGUGACUUUAUUAAUGUAUGAACAUGGUGUUGAAAUUCGAAGAAUUAUAGCACGUUUCAGACAUACAAGCUUGGCUAUAGUCGACCGUUAUGCUGGAUUAUUCGAAUUAAGAGUUUUUAAAAAUCAGUAUGCGAUAGAAUUUCUCUUACCUACUGGUGAACGCUGUAGAGAGU